AUGAAGGUCGCAAUCGCUGGACUCGGAGACGUCUCCAAGUAUCUCCUGGAAGAGCUCCCCAAGGAAGGACACGACGUUGUCGCCCUCACUCGCAGCCUCAAGCCGCACAUCACGACGGUCGAGCAGCGAGUGACUGAUUACUCCGUUUCUGACCUCAAGAAGCAUCUUGCUGAUUGCGACGCUGUCGUUUCCGCAAUCACUAUUCACGCCCCCGAGUUUGCCUCCAUCCACCUGGCGAUUCUGCAGGCUUGUAAGGAAUCUCCAAAGUGCAAGCGGUUCCUCCCCUCUGCUUGGGCCGGAAACUAUGAGGAGGUCAAUGACCAGCCGCUUUAUGCGGGUGAAGAUCUACUACCCAUCCUCGAAGCCCUCCGGGCGCAGAAGGAUGUCUACUGGACUUUCUUUUGCCAGGGAUGGAUGGUCGAUUAUAUUCUCCCUUCCAACCAACGACACCUCGCCGAUUUUGGCGAACGAUGGGUUCAAAACUACGAAACCAAGGUCUUCACCCUCUACGGAAAUGGCGCCCAGAAGGUCGAUUUUACAUCGGCCAGGGACACAACCCAUGCUGUUGGUGUGCUUCUAAACCAUGAUCCCAGCAGCUGGGAGGAGUUCACCUGUGUCUCGGGCCAACAAAUGACCUGGCGAGAGCUCUGGGAGUUUGUCAAAGCUCGAGAGCCCGAAUACACGCUUCAGAAGAAAUCUCUGGCCCAGAGUAUCAAGCAGUUCAUCGCCAAAAAGAGCAAGGCCGAGGUGGCCGCGUCCAUGUACGAGGUGAUGGGGCAUAGCGACGCUUUGGCUUUUCCAGACGGCAAGGUAGAGCGACACCGGGAGAAGUUUUUCAAGGGCAUGAAGUUCAGGACUCCGGCCGAGUUGUAUGAUGAAGCCGUCGCAAACCCUGACGUUGUCGUUUAA